UGUUAGGCUGGUAAUCCUGAAACUUCUCUAAUCCAUGCCAUUUUUUUUGUUUCCCUCUCAUAGUUUUGAGAAAUUUAAUCAUGCCUCACUAAUCCACUCAACCCGAACGUUAAUUAAGCGAACUAAUGAACCACGAAUAAAAACAGAGCCAGAAAAUCUCUGAGCUUUCAAGUCUCUUCUGCCUUGGAUUGGGUUGAAUCCAGGGCAGAGUUGUGCUCUGCCUCCGCCUCUAACUAAUUAAUCAAGCAUUCAAACAAAAUUAAUUAAAAGAGAAUGGCGUUUCAAGAUUUUGAUCUGAUUUCCGAGCGGCGGAAGAAGGAAAAGCAGGCCAAGAUGCGGCGGAAAAUCAUCACCGCCGUCGUUCUGGUGGUCAUCAUACUCCUCGCCGCCGCCGCGGCAUUUGCAUACUUUUUUGUUCUUAAGGCUCCCCACGAAGAACAGGGGAAGCAUUCCACUAAGACAAACAAGUCACACAAGGCAAAAUCUUCCCCGCAUCCCCCACCUCCGUCUCCUCCCAAAUCGGAGGAGAGGGUGGAGCAGGGCGAGCCCCCCGCCGCCAAAUCGAAGGCUGUCACUGAGCAAGCCGUGUCGGAAGCCCCGUCUGAAACACCUUCCGAAACACCGUCCGGAGUGCCUUCUGUGUCACCAUCUGAAUCCCCGUCCGAAUUACCUGCCAUCGGACAGGCUCAGAAGGUGAUAACGACAAUAUGUGCCGGCACGGAUUACAAUGCCACCUGCCAGGACAGCCUCGGGAGGGCGGUGAAGGAGAACGCCUCCGCAGCUCACAACCCUAAGGAGCUUCUUAGGGCUUCCAUGGCGAUCGCCGUUGAGGAAAUCGACAAGGCGAUCAAGCAAGCCGGAGAUCUCAAACUCGACACGCCACAGAAGAAAGCGGCAUUCGACGAUUGCAAGGUGCUCCUCGCCGACGCCAUGGAUGAAUUGAACAGCUCAAUGUCCGGCGUAGGUGGCCAGGAUUUGGAAAAUCUGUCAUCCAGAACCCCUGAUUUGAACAACUGGCUGAGCGCCGUGAUUACCUAUCAGGACAAUUGCAUCGACGGCUUCCCCGACGGAGAAGAGAAAACUGCAAUCCAGAACUCCCUCAAGGUCGCCGGGGAGAUUUCCAGCAACGCUCUCGCCAUCGUCUCUCAGCUCUCCUCCGCGCUUUCGAGCUUCAAAAUCCCCGAUUUCGACCUUGGUGGGCGGCAUCUACUCGCCGAGGACGGCGAGGAGUUUCCGGAAUGGAUGGAUCAUGAGGAACGCAGGAUGCUGAAGGUUGAAGCCCCCAAACAGCCCGCCAAUGCCACCGUUGCCAAGGAUGGCAGUGGAAAUUUCACAACCAUUAACGCAGCUUUAGCUGCCAUUCCUGAGAAGUACGAAGGGCGGUAUGUAAUUUUUGUGAAGGAAGGAAUAUAUGAAGAAAAUGUAGUGGUCACCAAAAAAAUGGUGAACCUAACAAUAUAUGGAGUUGGGUCUAAGAAAACUAUCGUUACAGGGAGCAAAAAUUACGUGGAUGGAGUGUCAACAUAUCAAACUGCAACAUUUGCUGUGAUGGGAGAUGGAUUCUUGGGCCAAUCGAUCGGCUUCCGGAACACGGCGGGGCCGGAGAAGCACCAAGCGGUGGCGCUCAGAGUCCAAGCUGACCGGGCAAUUUUCCUCAGCUGCCGCAUGGAGGCGUACCAAGACACCCUCUACGUCCAAGCCCACCGCCAAUUCUACCGCGGCUGCUACAUCACCGGCACGGUGGACUUCAUCUUCGGCAACGCCGCCGCCGUCUUCCAGAACUGCAUGAUCUACGCGCGGAAGCCGAUGGAGAACCAGCAGAACAUCGUGACGGCGCAGGGGAGGACCGACAAGCGGCAGACCACCGGAAUCGUUCUCCAGAACUGCAAGAUUCUCGCCGACGACACUCUGGAGCCGGAGAAGGCGAAGACCAAGAGCUAUCUGGGCCGUCCAUGGAAGGAGUAUUCAAGGACGGUGGUAAUGGAGUCGGAGAUCGGCGACUUCAUCGACCCGGAAGGGUGGAUGCCGUGGAGCGGCGACUUUGCUCUGGCUACGCUGUAUUACGCCGAGUACGGAAACUCCGGCAAGGGGGCGGCUGUUACUUCCAGAGUGAAGUGGGAAGGUUAUAAAGGCGAGAUAAAGAAGGAGGAAGCCAUGGAAUAUACCAUUGGGCCAUUCUUGCAAGGGGAAACUUGGCUUAAGGCCGCCGAAUGUCCGGCCCGUUUUGGCCUCUCUGACUAAUCCGAUCAUACUCUGUUUUUUUUAAUUGCAGUAAUUUGCCUAUAGUAGGAGAUUAUAGAAUGCAUAUACUUAACUUAAAAAAUUGUCAUGGCUAAUUUUUUCUUGUAAUUUUUAUAAAUCUGUAAUUGUCCAUGUUUAAUCAUAUACGAAGUAUAUAGCAGAGUAGUAAAAAGGGGACGAAGAAGAAGAGAGAAAAAACAAUUGUUUGAAAUUCUAAACCCAAUUGAAUCUGCUCUUGUACUGUGUAUCUUAACCUAUCUUAUAAAGGACAGUUUUUC